AUGGCAGGCAAAUCGUCGCUGACCGUCCGCUUCGUCGAGGGCACCUUUGUCGAGAACUACUACCCGACGAUCGAGAACACCUUCAACCGCACCAUCAAGCACAAGGGCCAGGACUACAUGACCGAGAUCGUCGACACGGCGGGCCAGGACGAGUACAGCAUCCUCAACUCGAAGCACUUCAUCGGUAUCCAUGGCUACAUGAUCGUCUACUCUGUCGCCUCCAGACAGUCCUUUGAGAUGGUCACCGUCAUCCGCGACAAGAUCCUCAACCACCUCGGCCAGGACUGGGUUCCUCUCGUGCUCGUCGGCAACAAGUGCGAUCUCCCCGCAGACGUGCGAACGGUCUCUGCGGAAGAAGGCAAGAAGUUGGCCGAGAGCUUCAACUGCGCCUGGGUCGAAGCCAGCGCCCGCAACGACACAAACGUCUCGUCCACCUUUGAGCUGAUGAUUGCUGAGAUCGAGAAGUCCCAGACGCCCAGCGAACCAGCGAACAAUGGCAAGUGUCUCGUCAUGUAG